AUGGCAGCUACACGGCGAUCCGCUAACUGCCUACAACAGUUGCGAAGCUAUGGUAUCGAUGUAAAACAGCUUGUACUAAACACCAAGGUCAACGUACCUUCGAAAGAAGCAACUGUUAAACCUUCUAAAGUCCCUGUUACACUUUCGAAGCCCAUUCCCAAGGCAACAACCAGCAUAUCCAUGCAACUCUUUGAAGAGUAUAACCCUGGUAUAGUACUUCCAAAAGCUGCAGAUAUGUCACUGAUUAGUAGGUUCUUUAAUAGUUCCAAAGUGAAAUUUGAGUGGUGUGCAAGAGAAUACUUGGAAAUACCCGGUGAGCGAUACAAAAUCGAACAGGCGCAGCUACAGCAGCAAGAGCUACUUGACGAGAAAUCAUUUAAUGAGUCGCUCGAUAUCCGAGAGCCUACUGAAGCGUACAGAGUCUCGGCCGACAUCAAAAACCGCCCUAUCCCAAAUACAGAGCAACUUACCAGGGGGAGUUUUCUCCUGCAUGACGAAUUGCCUGAGAUCAUCUUCUUAGGCCGUUCUAAUGCUGGCAAAUCCACAUUACUCAAUAAUCUGACGACGAAUUUUAAACAGGUCCAACUCAAUCGUCAUGCAACUACCUCUAAGAAGGCAGGUCAUACGCGAGCCCUAUACUGCUACAACGUCGGUAACCGAUUGAGGCUGGUAGACUCACCAGGUUAUGGUGUUAUGAGUACGCAGCAACAGGGCGAAUGUACUAUGCAAUACAUCAGAGAGAGAAAGCAACUGAGACGCUGCUUUAUGUUGAUAUCUGCGAAGGAUGGCUUUACAAAGACGGACUAUGGCAUGCUGGAAUUCUUGAUGAACUAUGGCAUCGCAUUCGAAGUCAUCUUUACAAAAAUGGAUAAGGUUCGAGAUGUUAAAACGCUACGCGAUAGCAUAUCAACCAGUGGAAUCCUAGAUGCGCCUAUUCGGCCCAGACUAAUGUUCUUGAAUUCCGUAGUUAACAAAGCUUACCCAAAACGACUUGGCAUAGCACAUUUGCGCCAGACCAUUUUUGAAGCAUGCAACAUCAAGCCCAACACGCUUCCAUCUAAAGCAUACAAACAGUAA